AUGGAAAACUUGAAAUAUCGUGUUAUUUACGAGUACAAGUUCCACAGUGGCACCAGUGCUGCUGAAACGGCUCGAAGAGUUAAUGAUUUGUAUGGCUGCGGUGUCGCAAACGAAAACACAGUGCGUUUUUGGUUCCAACGUUUUUGUUCUCGAAAUUUCUACCUCCGGAACAAGCCCCGUGGACGGCUGGAGACCAAAGUUGAUAAUGAAGAAUUGAAGGCUAUUGUGGAAGCGGAUUCACCACAAACCACGUCCGAGUUAGCUGCAGGCUGUGGCGUUACUGAUAAAACUGUUUUAAUCCACUUGAAGCAAAAACUUGAAAGUGGGUACCUCAUGAAUUGA